AUGCCGAUCCAGUGGGUGCUCCUGAUCUCCCGCCAGGGAAAGAUGCGCCUGUCCAAGUGGUACGGCACGCUGAGCCAGAAAAGCAAGGCGAAGAUCGUGAAGGACGUGACGCAGCUGAUCCUCGCGCGACGUGUACAAAGCAAGAUUGUGUACCGCCGGUACGCGUCGCUGUUUUUCGUGAUGGGCAUCUCGCCCGAGGACAACGAGCUGGUGACGCUCGAGAUCAUCCACCGCUUCGUCGAGGUGCUCGACCGCUACUUUGGCAAUGUGUGCGAGCUCGACCUCAUUUUCAACUUCCAGAAGGCGUACCAGGUGCUCGACGAGCUGAUUGUCGGCGGCGAGCUGCAGGAAUCAAGCAAAAAGUCCGUGCUCCGCGUCGUCCUGCAGGGCGAUGGCGUCGAGGAGGCCGAGCAAGGGGAAGAGGGCCUUGCGCGCAUCGGCAGCCGCUCAGGAUAG